AGCACAGAGGCUCAGAUUUAAUAAUGGCUGUUGUGGAGACACUUCUGCAGUUUUCCAGCAGUGGUACAAUACUGGCUGUCUUGCUUGUGUUUUUGGUCUUAUAUGUGCUUUCAUCCAACUCCAAAUCUCACAAAGAAGGAAAAGAUCCACCAGGACCCAAACCACUUCCACUGCUGGGAAACCUGCUGACGCUGGACCUGAAAAGACCUUUUGAUACUCUCUGUGAGCUUUCCAAAACGUAUGGAAACGUAUUCCAAGUGUUUUUUGGUCCCAAAAAAGUUGUGGUCUUGACCGGAUACAAAACGGUUAAAGAUGCGCUCGUGAACCGAGCAGAAGAGUUUGGAGAUCGAGAUGUUCUACCUGGUUUCAAACUACUUGGUAAAAAAAAUCAUGGGAUCCUCUCUGCCAAUGGAGAGAGCUGGAAAGAGAUGAGACGCUUUGCUCUGACUAACCUGCGUGACUUUGGGAUGGGCAAGAGACGAAGUGAAGACAAAAUCAUGGAGGAAAUUCAGUAUCUGAAAGAAGAGUUUGAGAAGUUUCAAGGAAAAGCAUUCGAUACUACUCAACCCGUGAACUACGCUGUAUCAAACAUCAUCUCAUCUAUUGUGUAUGGCAGCAGAUUUGAAUACACAGAUCCUCGCUUCACAGCAAUGGUUGACAGGGCAAAUGAAAACGUUCGGAUUAGUGGAUCUGUUUCUAUGCGGCUGUAUAACACAUUUCCAUGGCUGGGUCCAUUCCUGAACACCAAAAAGGCUAUGGUGAAAAAUGCUCAAAAAAACAUAGAAUCAAUAACACAGUUGAUCUCUGAGCUGUUAGAAACCCUGAAUCCACAGGACAGCAGAGGAUUUGUUGACUCCUUUCUCAUCCGAAAACUGAGUGAUGAGAAAUCCAACAAGAAGGACUCAUAUUUUCACCAGGACAAUCUUCUCAGGUCUGUGGUAAAUCUUUUUGUUGCUGGUACAGACACUACAGGAACAACAUUGCGCUGGGGUCUGAUGAUUAUGGCCAAAUACCCUCAUAUCCAAGAUCGAGUUCAAGAGGAGAUUGACAGAGUGAUCGGUGGACGUCAGCCAAUGGUGGACGACAGAAAGAAUUUACCUUACACAGAUGCUGUGAUCCAUGAAGUACAGAGACUGGCCAACAUAGUGCCCAUGAAUCUACCACAUACAACCAGCUGUGAUGUGAACUUUAAUGGAUAUUUCAUCAAGAAGGGUACCACUGUAAUUCCUCUGUUGACGUCUGUAUUAAGGGAUGAAAGUGUUUGGAAGAAACCAUACAGCUUUUAUCCAGAACACUUUCUUGAUGAGAAGGGCCAGUUUGUUAAGAACGACGCUUUCAUGCCCUUUUCUGCAGGCCGCAGGAUUUGUCUAGGAGAGAGUUUGGCCAGGAUGGAGCUCUUUCUUUUCUUCACCUCCCUUCUUCAGAUCUUCCGCUUCACUCCUCCACCAGGAGUGUCUGGAGAUGAACUGGAUCUCAAGGGAAUCGUUGGAAUCACAUUGAAUCCAUCACCACACAAACUUUGUGCCAUCAAGCGAUCCUGAAAAUCCAUCCACAUAGGGAUAAACAGAUUUAAGCACCAAUUUUACAAGGUGCAUAUAAUGUAUAUAUUGUAAAUACUUGAAGAAAGUAUUAGCCACAGUGUGCAAAGCUACUUUUAUUGUAUAAGCUACAUUUAAGUAUGCAUCAGAUUACUUUAUAUUUGCUCAGAUAUUUUGCUGAAAAGCAAUUAAAUAGGAAGCUUAAUUUAUUUAAGACCUCCAUCCAAGACGUUAAGUACAAUCCAAAUGCAAAAAUGUAUUAAAAACAACCAGGCAAACAAGACAAAAGGAUAACCCGAAGCAGUAAUCCAAUAAACAGGCAAAAAGGUCAUUACAUGAAAUAUGAACAUGGAAGCAAUGGCAAUAGCUAUGAACGCUCGGUACGCAGAUAAACUGACAAUACUAUGGAACUAGUGAUGUUAGGUUCUUGAACGAAUCGUUCUUUUGAGCUGGUUCUCAGGAAGUAACCGGUCGAGACGGUAUACAAAUUGAACUGAAAUGAACUUUAGUUUUGGGCAUACACUGUAAAAAAAUCCUGUAGAAAUUACAAUGUAAUUGCAGCUGGGUUGCCGGUAAUUUACCGUA